AUGUCUGUCGCUUCGGCGGUCCGAAGGAUCGCCUUGCCGGCAGACCUCACUUCAAAUCCUCGGAAUCGAUUGCGAAAGAUUGGCAUCUAUCGGGAUUACGUGUUCGCUUAUUCCACAGAAGAAACCGAGACCGAGAUUGGCAUCUGGAAAGUUCACGCUCUCAAUCUGACUCCCUGGGAAUGCGUCUUCAAACACAAAUUCGCGGAGCUUUUGGCAUUUUCGACAGCACUUGACUACCGUAAUGGCGACGUGUGGUUAUUUGUAUACGGAAUAUACGAAGAUGCCCAACACCGAAUUUUACUCUACCGGUACCGAGAAAACGAAGAAGUUAGGAUUUGGAAAUUGGCCAACGAAGAAUUAUUUACUUUACUACCUUUGGAACGAGGACAACUCGGGGUAGAUUGGGAAGAAAAUGCCAAAUAUCCGACGUUACAUUUUUAUGACACAGCCAUGUUGGCUGGAAGAAUGCCUUUUUGGUAUAUGGAUCUUGAUGAGGAAACAUUCACUUUGAGACGGGAUUAUCUUAAAGACAACGAGGGCAUUAAAUCAGUCCGGUUUCCUGUUUGUUUAGAUGGUCACAAUCAAAGGUUUCUGCGAAUCACCAAUGCUCAAGAGGUUUUCAUCUACGAUAAAACUCGAGAAUCAUGGAGGAGUUAUCAUCAGCAAGGGGAUACAGCUCUUGAUAUGGUCAAUCUUCUGCAAGUUUCUGCAUUGAAAGAAAGCUACGGUAGAAAUGGGCGGUGGGCAGCCGCUAUGGAAUCACCUUUGACAUUAUAUGCUGAUCAAGGGAUAUGCAUGGCCAAGCUGACAAUCCCAGGCCCAUCAACCACCACCUAUCAAUUUUUCCAAAUCCUCUUUAACCUCGAAAAUAAUUCAUUUACUUUCCGACGAAAAGCCUCUGUCACGAUCCCAAAAUUGACAAUGUUUUAUAUCUCAUGCAGUCCAAACUAUGUUGCAAUAAUGGAUAUGUCAAAUAUUAUGAUCAUCCCAAUCCAGGCACCAUCACUUUCCGAAAUUGCUAUUUGGAAGAUUCAGCAAAUGGCCGCAAAGAAGACCAUUACCGGAGCUCAUUGUACAGGACUUACCAUUAAAAACUUCCAUGAAUUGAUGAGGGAUCAGAAGUUUGGAACUCUGCUU